CUCGCCUGGGGCCGGGGUCCGGUAGCGGUCGGCGCGGUCGGCCGAUGCUGGCGCUGCCGCUGGUGGUGCUGGCCCGAGAUGCGCUGCACCGGCGCCCGCGUGCGCCCUUUUGCGCGUGCGAGCCGCAGAGUACAUUGCGAGGCGUGUGCCCCAGUGGCGUGCGCUACUACGCGGCCCGGGCUCACCUGGGCGAGUCGGAAGCGCGUACUGGGGCGCUGGAGCGCGCCCACGUGUUCGCACUGGCGGAGGGAGGCGCCGCGGCGCAGGCGGCCGCGGAGCUGCCGCAGCUGGCCGUGGCCGCCUGGCGCCAGGUGCUGGAGGAGGCUCCCCUUUGGUCCCGCACCGCGGACGGCUUGCCGGCCCUCGAGGACGCGGCGGCGGAGGUGGCGGCGGAGUCCUUGUCCCGCGCCUUUGCGUGGUGCGACCAGCGCCUGGCCGUUUCGGAGCCCAGCUCCGGGCUCGUCUGCGCGGUGCUCAGGAGCGGCAUCUACGUCGCCAGCUGCGGCCUCGCGCGUACCGCAGUGGGCACCGACGUGGAUGGGCUCACUGUGCUCUGCGAUGAGGCGUCCGUGCCCCACGACGCGCUCAGUGAGUCCGAGUUGGCGCGCGUGGGGCAAGGAGCGCCGCCCAAGUCGCUCCCUUGGCGCGCUUUGGGGGCGAAACAGCUCAAGGAGAAGCAUCCAGGCAUCAUCGCUCUGCCGGAUGUGGUGCGAAUCCAGCACUCCUCGGGCACGCGGCUAGUGCUUUUGGCCUCCGAGGCGGUGUGGGCGCAAGGCCCCCGCAAGCCGGUGCUUUGGGCCAUGGAGGCAUUGCGGGCAGGCCGCUGCCCCGCGGCGGAGCUGCUGAAGCGCGGCGACGCCGCGAUGGCCGCGGCCAUGGUCAUCGUCAUACCCGGGCAUGCCAUCGAGAGCCUUAGCGACGAGCUGUGACACGGAA